CGAUGAGCUGACAGAAUCUCUUUAAACGCGGACAGCCAUAUGGGAUAUAUUCAUGGACUUCUCCCUUCUUCAAGCCAACGCCAGGCAUCCCUUCCUUAGAGACAUUACGGCCCUCCGUCCUGUCUGGGUCUAUUACUUUAUCAUGAUAGUCGACCCUAUUCUCAGAUUUUCCUGGAUAUUUUACGCCAUAUUCACCCACAACACUCAACACAACACUAUCGUCUCGUUUCUUAUAUCGUUUGCCGAGGUUACAAGAAGAGGGAUGUGGACAGUGUUGCGCGUAGAGAACGAACACUGCGGCAACGUCGCCCAGUACAAAGCUUCAAGAGACACUCCACUGCCGUAUCACCUGGGAUCAUUUGUCGAACGACCUAGCCUUGAAGCCGCCGCCGAGACUGUGCAGGGAGAGCACACCUCGACCAAAUCACACGCUAUCAGUACACAUGCAACAGGGGUUGAUAUUCCAGGAUCUGGCAGGAUACGUCCGGGGACGGCAAUAUCAACUACUAUUGCUGAUGAGGCUCUACCGGAGGAGGGCGCUACUUUCCGACGGCGUUACACAGACACGGGCAAGAAGUCGAUCCUGCGAGUCAUGGCUGAAGCACAUAAGCAAGACUUUGAGAAGAAGAGACCGGCAGAGGAAGUCAAGGGCAAAGACCUGGUAGAGGAGGAAGACGAGCUGCGCAGCGAAGAAGACGACGACGAAGACGAAGACUCGAGAAGUCUACAGGAGGUGCGGAUGCAGAUUCGCGAGGCCGAUACUUUGAUGAGGCAGGGACGAAGCGACGAUGACGAUGACGAUGACGAUGACGAGGAUGAUAAAUGAUGUGGAAUGCCAGCGCCAUUACCCAUGUAGCGAUAGACUGGGAGUUGAAGAAGGCAGGUGUUACGCAGUGGCUUAAGUCUGUUCCGGGACUUUUGCGAAUCCUAUGACCAUCAGGCAUGCAGUUUCAAUAGAGUAUUGAGAGCGCGGAGGUGUGUUUGUUAAUGGGAAUAGACUGUGCCAAUUCAUGUCUGAGUGACUAUGAAAUUCAUUCUCUCUAUGUGAUCUAAUUUCCUACUUCUUGCAUCCGUAAAUCCGUAUUCAAUUAGCAAUUAUACUACGCUCAUCUCUUACAAUGCCGCGCUUUUUUGACGAAAAGCUAA